AUGUUUUAUGUUGUUGUGGUCGUUGUGGAGCAACUUACACAAUUAUGGCCUCUACUUUUAUUUGCUUUCACUUCUAUUGCUGUUUGCCAUUUAGCAGCCAAAUAUUCCAAACUUUAUGCUAACAAUAUCACGACAGCAUUAACUGCAUCUCAUUUAUUCUCUGACACAACUCUCAAACGUAGUAAGUCAGAUGACAAAGCUGCGAACGCACCACAGUGUUGUGCUUCAAGAAGGGCUUCAACUUUUGAGGUUAUCCAUCCACCAGUUACUGUAAUUAACACAUGUCGUGGUCGUAAUCUGCUGAACAAGAAAGAAGCACCCCCAAGUGCUAUAAAAGAAUCAUCAGAAUCGUCGCAAACGAUUGAUGACCAAGAUUCCGAUAGAGUUAGUUUGAAAGAAAUUGGAAUUUAA